AUUCUACAGAGACCAUUGCCUUCAAACUUGAGCUACCCAUCAGGCCAUCACUUUCACCAAAAUGGUUGGAAAGAAAAACUCAAAGCUUCUCUUCUCAUACCUCCCAAUCCUUGUCUGUUUCUUCCCAUGCAGCUGCUAUUCUUCAAAGGUAGUACUGGAGGAAAAUAAUGGAGGAGUUGAUGAUAAGAUCCAAGGGAUGUUUGUGUUUGGAAGCUCUCUAGUUGACAAUGGCAACAACAACUUCCUCCCAAACUCAAUGGCUAAGGCCAGUUAUUUGCCUUAUGGAAUAGACUUCCCUUUUGGUCCUUCUGGUAGAUUCACAAAUGGGAAAAAUGUGAUUGAUCUUCUUGGUGAUCAGCUUCAUCUUCCUUUAAUCCCAGCUUUUGCUGACCCUUCAACCAUAGGAAUCAGAAUUAUCCAUGGCGUCGACUAUGCUUCUGGUGCUUCUGGGAUUCUUGAUGACACUGGCUUACUUGCAGGAGGGGUGAUCAACUUAAAUCAGCAAAUUAGGAACUUUGAGGAGAUUACAUUGCCAGGAUUAGAAAUUGAAAUGGGUAUGCAAAGUAGGAAAUUACUAAAAAACUACUUGUUUGUGGUGGGAACUGGAGGGAAUGAUUACUCUUUCAACUACUUCCUGAGGCCAUCCGAUGCAAGUGUCAGCGUUGAAGCCUUCACUGCCAAUCUCACUAACUCAUUAUCUAAGCAGCUUGAGAAGUUGUACAAUUUAGGGGGUAGAAAAUUUGUGUUGAUGUCAGUCAAUCCAAUUGGGUGCUAUCCCAUGGUCAAGGCCAUACAAAGGGCUAGUAACGGCAGCUGCAACCAAGAUCUGAACAGGGCAGCCCGCCUCUUCAAUGCUCAUCUAAAGUCACUGGUGAAUGACAUCAAGCCAAAAUUGCCUGGUUCUUACCUUGUCUUUGUCAACUCAUACAAGAUCAUUGCAGACAUUAUUAAAAAUCCUGUCUCCAAAGGAUUUGAAGACACAAGCAAUGCUUGUUGUGAAGUGGGAUCAGAAGGUGGUACGUUGUGCAAAAGAGAUGGUAAAAUCUGCGAAGAAAGGAGUAGUCAUGUGUUCUUUGAUGGGUUGCAUCCAACAGAAGCUGUGAAUAUUCUAAUAGCAACUAAGGCUUUUAAUUCUAUCGACAAAACUGAAAUUUAUCCUAUGAAUAUCAAACAACUAGCCAUGUAUUAGAUUUAUAAGUUACUCAAUUUUCCUCAUAUUCGCUAGUCUAGCUUCAAAAUUUGAGAACAUUAAAGGUCCCCAAUCUCCAUAUAUAUAUAAUAUAUGCUUUGUUAUAAAGGUGCUACUCUUGCCUAGCUAGCAACCUAAAAUUCAAGCUUUGCAAAUUGCAAUGCUGUCCACUUGUAUCUUUCUUUUGUAAUGAUGAUGAAGCUUCAUCAAUAGAAUCAACUAU